AGUCUUCCAGCAGGGUUCUGAAAGCAGCCUGUCCCCAUCGCGCCCCUCGGAUGUGGACAUCCAGGGUGGGCUCCAGACCGCGGCCGGGCCGCGCUCUCUGGGGGCGAGGGCCAGGCCAGGUGGCUGCACUAUCGCCCAGCAGCGAGUAAAGAUUCGAAACUGAGGGAUCCAGAGCCCUAGUCACUCUACUUGUCCAGGGUUGGAACCCCUCGGGGAAAGAGGAAAUGUGGACGAAGGCAGCCCUCCCCGGAGACAGCUUGGAAGAGAGGGAUGAAGAUGCAAAAAGCAAAACCCAACCUAUCGAGUGCCACCUCCCCGGUGACAGGCCCCCGCGUUGCUCUGCGCUUUCGCUGAAUGAACUCCUGAGCACGUUUUUCCGUUGCCUAGGAAGGGUUGGGCCGCAGGUUUCGCCAGUGCUCGACAACCCACCUGGAGAUAGCAGGUCCGGGAGGAAGCUGCGAGGCGGGCGGACUCCUGUUGCUCAGUCUUCAAACCGAAGCACAGCAUCAUCUGCACCGGGACCCGGAGUAGGGGGACACUUGGAGACUGAGAGAGAGGAGGCUUGAGGAUUGAACCUUAGUCGGUUCUAAGCCAUAGCCCCUGUCUCAGGUCGUUUUGGCUUCCUUUCCUUCUCUUCCUAUUUGAAUUUAAAAACAUUCCUGAAUCUCAAGUGCUUUUGCUUGAAGUGGGGGGAGGAGGAGAAAAGAAUAGAAGCAAGCCAAGCUUCCUAAGAGAGCUCUGAAAGGGGAAAUUCAUUCUCUGCAAACCUCGUUCCCCAUUUCUGAAAACUGAUAGACUGCUAUCGUAAACUAAAGGCCAUGAGGGGUUUUUCCCCCCGAUUUGAGGGAUUUUUUCUGUUAAAAGGAAUUUUAAAGCACCACUGGAGAAAAUAAUUUUGCCUCAGUUUCCCUAAACUGUCUUUAAAAUGGGUUGCCAUAAUUACAGAUCUUCUUUUCUCUCACCUCUAUAAGCCACCGUUUUCAGGUCAUCUGAAGUCAAGAUUUCCAGCCUUUUGAAUGGACUGAUGUGUUCUAAGCCCGAAGACCCAGUAGAAUACUUGGAAAGUUGUUUACAGAAAGUCAAGGAACUGGGUGGCUGUGACAAGGUGAAAUGGGAUACAUUUGUAAGCCAGGAAAAGAAGACCUUACCUCCGCUAAAUGGAGGACAGUCCCGGAGAUCCUUUCUAAGAAAUGUAAUGCCUGAAAAUUCAAACUUUCCAUAUCGGCGGUAUGACCGGCUCCCUCCAAUCCAUCAAUUCUCCAUAGAAAGUGACACGGAUCUCUCUGAGACUGCAGAGUUGAUUGAGGAGUAUGAGGUUUUUGAUCCUACCAGACCUCGACCAAAAAUCAUUCUUGUUAUAGGUGGUCCAGGAAGCGGAAAGGGUACUCAGAGUUUGAAAAUUGCAGAACGAUAUGGAUUCAAAUACAUUUCUGUGGGAGAAUUAUUAAGAAAGAAGAUCCACAGUACCAGCAGCAAUAGGAAAUGGAGUCUUAUUGCCAAGAUAAUUACAACUGGAGAACUGGCCCCGCAGGAAACAACAAUUACAGAGAUAAAACAAAAAUUGAUGCAAAUACCUGAUGAAGAGGGCAUUGUUAUUGAUGGAUUUCCAAGAGAUGUUGCCCAGGCUCUAUCUUUUGAGGACCAAAUCUGUACCCCCGACUUGGUGGUAUUCCUGGCUUGUGCUAAUCAGAGACUCAAAGAAAGAUUACUGAAGCGUGCAGAACAGCAGGGCCGACCAGACGACAAUGUAAAAGCUACCCAAAGGAGACUAAUGAACUUCAAGCAGAAUGCUGCGCCAUUGGUUAAAUACUUCCAGGAAAAGGGGCUCAUCAUGACAUUUGAUGCCGACCGUGAUGAGGAUGAGGUGUUCUAUGACAUCAGCAUGGCAGUUGACAACAAGUUGUUUCCAAACAAAGAGGCUGCAGCAGGUUCAAGUGACCUUGAUCCUUCGAUGAUAUUGGACACAGGAGAGAUCAUUGAUACAGGAUCUGAUUAUGAAGAUCAGGGUGAUGACCAGUUAAAUGUAUUUGGAGAGGACACCAUGGGAGGUUUCAUGGAAGAUUUGAGAAAGUGUAAAAUUAUUUUCAUGAUUGGUGGUCCUGGCUCUGGCAAAGGCACACAGUGUGAAAAGCUGGUGGAAAAAUAUGGAUUUACACAUCUCUCAACUGGCGAGCUCCUGCGUAAGGAACUGGCAUCAGAAUCUGAAAGAAGCAAAUUGAUCAGAGACAUUAUGGAACGUGGAGAUCUGGUGCCCUCAGGCGUCGUUCUGGAGCUCCUGAAGGAGGCCAUGGUGGCCAGCCUCGGGGACACCAGGGGCUUCCUGAUUGACGGCUAUCCUCGGGAGGUGAAGCAAGGGGAAGAGUUCGGACGCAGGAUUGGAGACCCUCACUUGGUGAUCUGUAUGGACUGCUCGGCGGACACCAUGACCAACCGCCUUCUCCAAAGGAGCCAGAGCAGCCCGCCUGCGGACGACACCACCAAGACCAUUGCCAAGCGCCUGGAAGCCUACUACCGAGCGUCCAUCCCCGUGAUCGCCUACUACGAGACAAAAACGCAGCUACACAAGAUAAAUGCAGAGGGAACACCAGAGGACGUUUUUCUUCAACUCUGCACAGCUAUUGACUCUAUUUUCUGAAGGCGAAAAAUGCAUGUUUGUUAGAGUGGAAACAGAGAAAAACAUUAAAAAGUUCAUUCCUUAAUACAA